CCAAGUCAGACUGGAACCAGUUGAGUUCUGGACCGGAGUUCUGAACCGACCCAGUUCUCCAGUCGGUUCAGUAGCAUGACCAGAACCAGAACCAGCUCAGUGGGUCUUCCACCAUCUGUGUUUAUAUGGACGUCAUUGAACACUUUGACUAGGCCGGUCCCCUUGCUGCGGUAACCAUGGAGACCAGACUGAAGCGGCUGUUUAACUGAAUUUCCAGUAACGUUGCUGAUGAAUGGCAGAUUGUGCCUGGCCACGCCCCCACACGGCCCCGCCCAUACCAGGGGGCGUGGCUUCCACAGCGGCUCAGUUGUGUUCAUUGUGAGCUUCAGGUUCCUGUGUUGCCCCCUAGAGGACGGGAGAGGAAACACCUGAUGUCCAGCAUGUCUGUCCCAGGAGACAGCUCCGUAAUUGUCCAGCAGAUCCGGUUCUUUUUGUAUGUUUGUUGCGGUACCGUUUCGGUUCUGGCCCGGUUCUGUUUGUGUGGUUUCCUGCCGUUCUAAUCCUUCCGGUUCUUCAACUGGUAACUGAUCCCAGAGCAGCUCUGAUCCAUAAUCUGCUCUAAUCUGUUAAUCCGUCCUACUCUGGGCUGGUUCUGCUCGGUUCUGCUCAGUCUGCACUGAUCUGCAGGGAUGGAAGCCGCAGCUCCAGAGGAGUUCCUGGUUCUGCCGUGGCCCGGCAGCGGCGGGUCGGACCCGGGGCCCGGAGGCGGCUGUGUCCUGCUGACGUGUGGAGCCGCUGUGGGAGUCACUCUGAUCUGUGUGGUGGUGCUCAGGAGGUGGAUCGCAGGUGGAGUGUGCCGCUGUUCGGUCCGGCUGGAUGGGAAAACGGUUCUGGUGACCGGAGCGAACACGGGCAUCGGGAAGGAGACCUGCAGAGACCUGGCAGGGAGAGGAGCCCGAGUGGUGAUGGCCUGCAGGGACCUGAGCCGGGCCGAGCGGGCAGCGGACGAGAUCCGGCAGUUUACUGGAAACGGGAACGUGGUGAUCAGACACCUGGACCUGGCUUCCGUCUACUCUGUCUCACAGUUCGCCAAGGACUUCCUGGACAGUGAAGACAGACUGGACAUCCUGGUCAACAAUGCAGGUGUGAUGAUGUGCCCUAAAUGGAUCACAGAAGAUGGCUUUGAGACUCAGAUAGCCGUCAAUCACCUGGGUCACUUCCUGUUGACCAAUCUGCUGCUGCCAUUGCUGAAGAGCACCACCCCCAGCCGCGUGAUCAGCGUGUCAUCCAUUGCCCACCGGGGAGGGCAGAUCAACUUUGAUGACUUGUUCUUCAGCCGGCGGCCGUACAACGCGCUGGAGAGCUACCGGCAGAGCAAGCUGGCCAACGUCCUCUUCACCCGAGAACUGGCUCGACGUCUCAGAGGUUCUGGCGUGUCAGCCUUCUGUCUUCAUCCUGGGGUGAUCCGGACUGAGCUGGGGCGCCAUGUAGAGGGCUGGUUCCCCCUGCUGGGGGCGCUGCUGAGGCUUCCAGCCCUGCUGCUAAUGAAGACUCCCUGGGAGGGCAGCCAGACCACCGUGUUCUGUGCUGUGACGCCGGGCCUGGAGGAACUUUCAGGCCGAUACUUCAGUGACUGCGCAGAGAAGGAGGCGGCGCCAGAAGGACAGGACGAUGAGGCAGGCCGGAGGCUGUGGGAGGAGAGCGCCCGAUUGGUUGGACUGAAGGACACCUGCUGACCUGUUGGCUGCUGGCUGACACACAACAGGAAGAGACGACAGCAGUGCCCCUCUGCACAGAGCGAGGAAACAGGACCGGUGCUAGAACCUUAAGUGGUCCCGUCAAACCCAGUAAAAAAAACUUUCCUCUAGUCUGGUACCAAGUUGGACCAGAGGUCGUUGAACCGGCCCAGAGUGCUGACCGGUUGACAGAAAGAAACCAGAUUAACGUUACUGGUGUUUGUUUUACCAUCCGCAUUGCUUCCUCCAGGACCGUGAUGGCCCGUUCACCCCAGAACCGCCUGGUACCUUCAAGCGGACCACAGUCGGUCCCUUCUGGUGUCUGAGCCUUUGAACUCUAGUCCAGCUGAAAACUCUACUGUAAACCUGUUGCAAGAAACAACUGGACAGGAAGUGAUGUCUGAUGGUAAAACGUGUAACCAUAGCAACAUGUGGUAUCCCGUGGGCAGACCUCUGAGGUUGGCCGGUUUUCACGGUGUCGGACAUCCAACAGACCGACUCUUCAUGGUCCUUCCAGAACCUUCCCUUCGUCUUGUUGCACCUUUUGGUUCCUUUCAUGUUUCUUUGUUCUUCUGUCUGUUUCUCCUUUGAUGUGUUUGAAACAGGAAGACUUUACUGAGCAUGCUCCAACUGAUCGUUGGUAAUAAAGAGAACUUAACCA